AUGCGGCAAGGCAAGCCCUGUGCGGCAUGCGCGCCGCAACCCCCUCAGGCGGCUAAGUCUGAAUGGACAGGCGUCAAUGUGGGUCUCGGGGGCGGUAUGUGCGGUGGAGCCAAGAGACGCCGUUCACCAAGCAGUCGACUGGAUUAUCUGAAUUAUCCGGUCCGAUCCCGGCUGAACCUCUCGGAGUCUCCGGGCCCUGCCCGGCCCCAGCUGCUUCCCUACCGCAACGCCAUUGCCUCCCGGUCCCCCCAUCAUACACUCCAUGCCUACGAUAUUCAACCGCCUCCCUCAACUGGCCAUUGCCCAAUCUCUCCAAACCCAGCCGACCUCAGAUCCAUGCAAGGUUGUUGGCAUCUGAUCCCUCAACUGGUCGUCAUCCAAUCCCUCUCAACUGGUCAUCAUCUGAUCCCUCUUGACUGCUUGCCAUCUGAUCCCUCUCAACUGCUCGCCAUCCAAUCCCGCUCAACUGCUUGCCAUCCGAUCCAUCUCAACUGCUCGCCAUCCGAUCCCUGCUCCUAUUUGCUUCAGCCUUUUGUUAAUGCACACCAUCAACAAUCAACAGAUCUUUCGGAUCUGUUUGAACAGACAGAAUCUUGGACUCACAAACUCAUGCCUUCAACAAACAAGUGA